CCUAUCCUGCUUACCACACCCUCCCUGCACCCCACUAUCCCCCUUCCAUACUGGAUAUUACCAUUUCCACGAAUAUGCGGCGUUUUACUGUUUUGAGCUUAUUUUCGCUUGCGGCAUGCUCCUUAUUGAAUUACGAAGAUAUAUUUGCCUACCCAAAGUAUUCGUUUGUCUGGAGCACAGAUGAAUUGACAAAAGAACGUGCCGAACAGCUGGUUCAGGAGACUCCCGAGACUCAGAACACACAAUAUCUUCGUGUCGGCAACGAAGAGUUUCUCUGUACAUAUCCUCAAUGGAAAGGUGUCAUUGAGACUUUCAACAAUGGUGCUUCGCACAGCACUGACGACGAAGUCGUAGAACAAGGACUUCAGGCUAUUCGGACUCUCGGAGGAGUGUGUUUGUUAGACCCCAAUGGAUACUGGACAUAUGAGUAUUGUCACGACACCUCCAUUCGUCAGUUCCAUUACGAAGAUGACAAGCAAGCAGCACAAAAUUAUUAUGACUUGGGUAUAGCUCCCGUAAUUGAAAGAAGCAGUAUUGGUGCUUGGACCGUUCGCAAGUCCGGUACUAAACGUUCUCUUCAAAUAGAAUGGAUCAACGGCACAAAGUGUGAUUUGACGGGAAAACCUCGUCAGACAUUGGUUCAGUACGAAUGUGUCGAUGACGGUGACGCUCCACGAAUUGCUUGGUACACUGAGCUUUCAACGUGUUCUUAUUCCAUGACGAUUCACGUCCCUGCUUUGUGCGGAUUAGAACCCUUUCGUCGGUCGGACCUUUCUGAUGUGCAGAAUAUCGUUUGCCAUCCAGUUGUUGAAGUCGCGACUUCAACAAAAGAAGAGGAUGAUGAGAAAGAAGAAAAAGAAAGUGCCCCCAACGAAGACGCCGUCACUAAUGUUGACGAGUCAAAACCGGUUUCUACGUCUAUCUCUUCGGUUUCCCUUCCCUCUUCUUCUUCUGUCUCGAUAGACGAAUUGUAAAUGUACUACAUGGAUUCUCUCGUCCUCUUAACGCACACGUUUCCCCUCUACCAUGUCUACUAUACCCCACCUCCCUUCAACAUCACUCCUACCACCCUUCGUGUAGUUAUAUUCCUUCAAGAAGACGGUUUUGUUUGACGCCGUCUACUGACGAAUGACUUGGAUGUGAUUCUUCUUUUGAAACUCGUUAAACUCUUUUUCGAGCUGCUUGUACUGUUCCACCAGUCGCUCCAUGGCCGUUUUAAUCUUCAGAAAGGUUAGCGCGUCAGUUACAUAUUGCUUGAUAGCGUGUGCAUGUGUAUGUAUGUAUGUGUUCCAUACCCCGUUACUUGUAGUUUGAAGAAUAGGAAGAACCGUUUCGACUUUACGUUCGGCCAGCACACCAUUGAUCAUUCUGUAGCAC